UUCUCUUUUCCAAUCUGUUCCAACAAACAACCCAUGUUCAUAAUUUUCUUCUCCAGAUAACCCUAUCAGCUUUUUUGUUUCUUUCUCCUCCCUCAAAAUUUUCAUCUUUUGUUGGAAACCCAGAUCUUUGUUCUUCUUGUUUCUUCAUUUCCUCUGUUUGAUUCCAUCCCCAUUUUGGUUCUUAUUCACUGAAAGAAUCCUACUUUGUGUCUUUGUACUUCUUGUGGACUAUUCUGGGUUAUAUUUCAGAUCUUGUAGCUUUAUUGGAUUAUUUACUGAAAGAAGUUGGGAUCUUUGGUUUGUUUUGUUAACUCUGCCUUGCUUUAUUGAAAAGAAAUUUUCAGCAUUUUAGGACUGAUUUGCUAAAAGGCUGUUGAUUUUUGCUUGAGAGAGAGAGAAAAUAGAAAUCUUUCUUUGAGAGUCGUUGUGAGCCCUUUUUCUCUUGCAAAUUUUCUAGUGGAAGCUAAUAACAGAGAGGAGUAAAAACCAAACUACACACAUUUGGGAAAUUUCUGUUUCCUGGAGGAGCUUAGAUAGGAUUUUAGCUUAUCUGUAGUUGAACAUUGUCUCUUUGUGAUCGAUUUACCGGGUGAUUCUAGGGUUCUUUGAGUGGCUAUGUCGAAGCUGAGGAAAAAGUUUCUGGAACUUCUGUUAUGUGUGUUGAUAAUCUUCACUUGUGUUGUUGUCUAUGGAGAAGCUCAGUCCAAGAGCUUCCUUGUGGAUUGUGGCUCAAACACUUCAACCAAAGCAGAUGGAAGAAUAUGGGUUGGAGAUUCGUCUCCCAACAACAGUUUAACCCUUAGUUCAGUAGGAUUUGAUGCCAUUGCAUCGACGACAUCGAUAAAGAGUUCUGUCCUUUCCGAGAUUUAUAAGUCAGCUCGUGUUUUCGAGACCACGUUAAACUAUACAUUCGAUGGUAUAGCUCAAGGAAGUUGCUUUGUUAGGCUCCAUUUCAGCCCUUUCGCCAUCGAAAACCACAAUGUGAAUGAGUCUUCUUUCAGCGUGUUUGCUAAUGGUCUGAGACUGAUGCGUAACAUCAACAUCCAAGGAGAAAUCGCGCAUAAAAAUCUCAUCUUGCAAAGCUCUGGCCACAAUUCCACCGCCUCUUCUCUGGUUAAAGAGUUUCUUUUACCUACAGGACUGGAAAAACUGGUUUUGAGUUUCAUCCCAGAGGAAGGAUCAUUCGGGUUUGUCAAUGCUAUUGAGAUUGUUCCUGUUCUUGACAAGAUUUUCAAGGAAUCUGUUGCUAAAGUGGGUGGAAGCGAAGUGGAGCUGGGUUUGAAGGGACGUGGGAUCGAAACUAUGUAUAGGCUAAACGUUGGUGGUCCAAAACUAGGUCCAAGCCAAGAUCUUAAGCUGUAUCGGACAUGGGAAACAGAUUCAAGCUACAUGGUGAUUGAAAACGCCGGUGUGGAAGUCAAGAACAGCUCGAACAUCACGUAUGCUUCGGCUAAUGAUUCACCUGUGGCUCCUCUUCUUGUGUAUGAAACCGCUAGGACAAUGUCAAACACCGAGGUUCUUGAGAAAAGGUUCAACAUUUCUUGGAAAUUUGAAGUGGAUCCGAAUUUUGAUUACUUGGUUAGGCUUCAUUUCUGCGAGCUGGUUGUGGAUAAGCAGAACCAGAGGAUAUUCAGGAUAUACAUAAACAACCAGACGGCUGCUGGUAAUUUCGAUAUAUAUGCUCACGCGGGAGGGAAGAACAAAGGUAUAUAUCAAGAUUACUUCGAUCCGGUCUCCUCCAAGAACGACAUUCUUUGGAUUCAGCUCGGACCUGACACAUCCGCUGGUGCUUCUGGAACAGAUGCUCUUCUGAGUGGUCUCGAGAUUUUCAAGCUAAGCAAAGAUGGGAAUCUUGCUCAUUUCAUCAAGUUUGAUCCGAAUGGUCACUCGGUUAGUGACUCAAAGAUGCGGAUUAUUUGGAUCAGUGUUGGUGCUGGUAUAGCAACGAUCAUUCUUUUCACGUUCUUGGUGACUUUGGUUGUGUGUUUGUGCAAGAUAAGGCGAAACAAAUCAGAUGACUCCAAAAGCAAUCCUCCAGGCUGGCGUCCAUUGUUCUUGCAUGUUAAUAACAGUACUGCAAACGCCAAAGCAACGGGGGGUUCACUAAGACUGAACACUCUUGCGGCGUCUACAAUGGGUAGGAAGUUUACACUAGCCGAGAUUCGUGCAGCUACCAAGAACUUUGAUGACGGUUUAGCUAUUGGCAUUGGAGGGUUUGGUAAAGUCUAUAGAGGGGAGCUUGAAGAUGGAACGCUCAUAGCUAUAAAACGAGCAACACCGCAUUCUCAGCAAGGACUUGCUGAAUUCGAGACCGAGAUUGUGAUGCUCUCGAGGCUUAGGCAUAGGCAUCUCGUGUCUUUGAUUGGUUUCUGUGAUGAGCACAAUGAGAUGAUCUUGGUUUAUGAGUACAUGGCAAAUGGAACUCUGAGGAGCCAUCUGUUUGGAAGCAACCUUCCUCCGUUGUCAUGGAAACAACGGCUUGAAGCUUGUAUAGGAUCUGCCCGGGGACUGCAUUACCUCCACACAGGCUCUGAGAGAGGAAUCAUUCACAGAGAUGUCAAGACAACAAACAUAUUGUUAGACGAGAACUUUGUGGCGAAGAUGUCUGACUUUGGACUGUCUAAAGCUGGACCUUCCAUGGACCAUACUCAUGUCAGUACAGCUGUGAAAGGGAGUUUCGGUUAUCUUGAUCCGGAAUACUUCAGGAGGCAACAGUUAACAGAGAAGUCAGAUGUUUACUCUUUCGGUGUUGUGUUGUUCGAAGCUGUUUGUGCUCGAGCUGUUAUAAACCCGACUUUGCCCAAAGACCAGAUCAACCUUGCGGAAUGGGCUUUAAGCUGGCAGAAACAGAGGUCUCUCGAGUCGAUCAUCGACCCGAAUCUGAAGGGGAACUACAGUCCUGAAUCUUUGGAGAAGUAUGGGGAGAUAGCUGAGAAGUGCUUAGCGGAUGAAGGGAAGAACAGGCCAAUGAUGGGAGAGGUUUUAUGGCACUUGGAGUAUGUUUUGCAGCUUCAUGAAGCUUGGCUACGCAAACAGAAUGGAGAGAACUCAUUUUCAAGCAGCCAAGCACUAGAAGAAGCACCGGAGAGCUCUUCUCUCCAAGCUUGUUCCAAUCAAGAUUCCUCAGAAAUGGAGAAGAGCCAAACAGGAUCAACUCUUCACAACAUGGAGUAGAGGAAGCAGCAAUGGAUUGACCAUCCCCCAAAAAUAAUUCUUUUGUUCUUUUGUUUUUAUUGAUCUAUCCAAAAGCUCUUAGUAACUGAGCUUUGUAAUGUCAUGACACUAGCAAAUAUAAUUUGCUUUUUAAGGUUUUGUUUAC